UUGGUUGGAGAGCGUUGCACUGACGCACCGCUGCAUCAUCUUGCUCCUCAAAGAUUCUCGCGGCUCCACUUUUUCUGAAGGGAGAUGUGACCAAAUCCUCAGAGAGACGCGUCAUUUCGUAGCAAGUCGCCAAUGACAAAGCAAGCGGUCGUUCCCUGCAGUUGUUAAUCCACAAUUCAGCACCAUAUUUGCUUCAGGUGCAGGAAGCAGCGCGCUGAGACGUGAGGAAAACAGCUCCCCCCUCUUGUCGCCAUGAGCACGUGCAGCAGGAAGGCCCUGACGUUGCUGAGCAGUGUGUUUGCAAUCAGCGGCCUGGGGCUGCUGGGAGUGGCGGUCGGCACCGACUACUGGUUGUACCUGGAGGAGGGCGUCAUUAUGCCGCUGAACCAGAGCUUCGCCAUCAGGACCUCGCUGCACUCCGGCCUCUGGAGAGUCUGCUUCUUGGCCGGUGACGAGUCCGGUCGCUGCUUCACCGUGGCCUUCAUCAUGCCCAUGAACGUCCAGUUGACGUCAGAGUCCACAGUAAAUGUGCUCAAAAUGAUCCGCUCCGCUACUCCGUUCCCGCUGGUCAGCCUCUUCUUCAUGUUUAUCGGCUUCGUCCUCAACAACAUCGGCCACGUCAGGCCUCACCGCUCCAUCUUGGCGUUCGUGUCCGGGAUCUUCUCCAUCCUCUCAGGUCUGGCCCUCGUGGUGGGCCUGGUGCUGUACAUCUCCAGCAUUAAUGAUGAAAUGCUGAACAGGACCCGGAGCAGUGAGACCUAUUUCACCUACAAGUACGGCUGGUCCUUUGCGUUCGCUGCCAUCUCCUUCCUGCUCACCGAGAGCGCAGGCGUCAUGUCCGUGUACCUGUUCAUGAAGCGCUACUCGGCAGAGGAGAUCUACCAGCCUCGCCACCCGAGCUUCUACCGGCCUCGCCUCAGCAACUGCUCCGACCACUCGGGCCAGUUCCUCCACCCGCAGGUCUGGUCGCGUGGGCGAAGUCCCUCCGACAUCUCGAGCGAAGCGUCUCUCCAGAUGAGCGCCAGCUACCCUGCUCUCCUCAAAUGCCCCGACUACAAUCAAGUCUCCUCUUCGCCCUGCUGAGGGGGGAGGCAGAGGUCACCUGAAGGUCACCCAAAGGGCAACUGAAGGGCAACUGGAUCAAAUGGGGACACGCAGGGCCCUCGUGAGUUUUCUUUUAAGGAGAAGUUACAACUCAAGUUAUUUGCUUGUGAGUUUGCGGUUUUGCAGGAGGGAAAUGUGUGCGGCUGUGACAAAAUGCCCCCUGUGGCCGUUUCAUAGGGUCACAAAAGCUGAUUAGGAGUCUGUUGUGGUAUUGGCACCUAUAUUUUGGUUUUCUAGUUAAGUGAAGAGUCUGUCAGGAAGAAAUACAAUAUAAUACAAUACAAUAUAUUAUUCAAAUACAUACAUAUCAAAAUACCUUUGAAACAACAUGUAUGUUGCAUACAUACUUGUGUGUUUUUCCCUCCAGUGCCGCAUAGCUGUUUUCUUCUUGUGGAAAAACAUCUACUUCCUCAUUUUGCAAUAAAUAAAUGCUCCUUCUGCUUAAGGCCAUUUAUGUCCCACAAUAGAAAUCUACCCCCAAAACCAACUUUAGGCCGACCGAACUGUUUGCUCUGAAGGCAAAGACCGUCAUGUGUGAUGCAAUGAAGCCACAAUGAAGGUUGAGGCUCAAUGCGUCUCGGCAACAAGCAUCCAGCCUGCUGUUUCUUUUGUUUGCAUGUUGCUUUGCAUCUUAUUUAGAGAUUCUGUUUAGUCUCCGACAUCUUAACACAGUGAGAUAUGAUGGAAAUGUUUGCUUCUCUAACUUGUUUUAGGGUUUGUAUAUAAUAUGUACAGCGGUUGGACAUUACAGUGUUAUAAGUAUCUGAUUAUAGAGAUAUAUCUGUAUGAGUGUAAUUAUAUAUACAUAUAUAGUUAUAUGUAUAUGUAUAUACUUGUGUGUGUAUAUAUACGUGUUUAUGUGGUGAUGUAAAGGUCUAUAAAACCAAACAUAACCAAAUGAUUCUACACGUAUGCACUGGGGGGCAGCGUUUUUAGAGUAACAUUAUAUCUGCAGUUUGUUACAGUUCUUGUGACAAAACCAGAGAAUCUGAGUACUUUGUGAGAUUCACAUCUGUAAUCACAGUUAAACCGAAUUUAAAUAGUAUUUAAGAGUAAUUUCAUAUCUUUAGUUUAUCCAGUGAAGCGCACAAUUGGUGCUGAAGCCUUGUGGUUUUUUUUAAACAUGAUGUUCGAGCGACUCCUCAGUGUAUAAACUGGUCAUUUAAAAAAAAUAUUAAGCAAAUGUUCAUUACAUUAAUCUACAUGUUUGUGAAUAUAGUGUUUUUGUAAUUGCUUCAUCACAGACAUUGGUAGGCACAUUUGUUAUGCAGUUAUUGAGCCCGAGUUAGCGGUUAGCUUCUUUACACACAUUAUUUACCAUCAAAACCCUCUGAGUGUUGUUUGCUCAACACUGCCAUUGAAAUACCACACGCUCAUCAACCACCUGGUCACUUUAGCCAGUAUUGUCCGAAAAGUUUAAAUUAAGGGCUUGUAUUACAUUGUGUAAGGCUUUAAAUUUGUGCAAAAUAGUGUGUAUGUUGGGUUAUUAUAUAUUGUCUGCAAAGCUUCAUCUUCUCUAAUCCAGCUUGACUACAUGGACGUGUCUUGUAGUCAUAAAUGUAGAUGUUGAAUUAAAACAACGAAGGAAAACCAGUA